CGCUACAGCACACAUUUAUAUUGCGAAGGACAUGGGUCUCACAAAGAGCAAGGUCGAAGCGCCAGCCACAACACCGGCGUCGGGCCCCACGGUGGGUGCAACCCAGCCAUCGACUGUGACCGCGGCUGGCCCCAAGAAGAAGAACAAGAAGGCAGCAGCCACGGACGACGACGACGUCUUGGCGCCCAAGCACGUUGAAGAAGACACGGGUGAAAUGAUCCAGCUCUUCAUGUACGAGCGGUGCCCGCGCUCGAUCGUGCACCACUACAUUCCCGCCAACUUGCCCAUGAUGCCGCUCUUCACGGCCGCGUACGUCUCGGACUGCAACAACACGUGGAAGUACAUUUUGGGCUCGGCCACCGACCGCAUGAAGGAGUUUCGCAAGUCGGGCAUUAUUCUCUUCUACGACGAGUUCUUCUUCCGCCUCUUCCAGCGCGACUCGACGUUCCAGGAGGUGUUUCCCGACGUCAAGCGCCGCGGCGAGAUCCUCAUCAAGGCGCUCACGCUGAUGCUCAAGUGCUCGACCGAAGACAACGCGCGCCUCGUCAACAAGAUUCGGUACCUUGGCCAUCGCCACCGAUUCUUUCCCAAGAUCCGCGCCUACCAAUUUGCUACGUACACGAGCACGAUGAUCGAAGUGAUCAUGUACUGGCUCGGCGAGCUCGCAACGCCCGACAUUGCCGAGGCGUGGUCCAACGUCGUGUGCUUCUUCAUGAAGCACAUGCUCGAGUCCUUCUUGACCAACCGCGUCGACCCGUACGAGAGCUACCAAAACACCAUCAUCGAGCACAUGCGCGCGCUGAGCGAAAUCGAGCAAAACGAUGCGGCCAACAAACCGUCCUCGAGCCGCACCAGCCGCGUGUCGCGUCAAUCCGUCGCGAGAUAAGACCAUGACAAUAGGGACGUUGGAGUUUAUAUACAUCGCCACGGAGUCC